CUCUUCCAUGGUGGGUUCUUUAGAUCUCUGCAACAAAGCUCAAAGCUUUGCACAGAAGGUACAGAGAGAAUCAGAGAAACCACAAACAAAGAGUCUACUUUUCUUUUUGUUUCUAUUUGAAUAUUUUGCUUAUUUACUUUUCACCCAGUGGUCAAAUGUCUUCUUCCCUACUCUUCUUCCCUUUGCUCUGAGACUUUUGUUACUAUAGAGUCCGUGAAAGAAGAAAAAAUGUUGGAUUUUUCCGAGAAAAUUAGUGAAAAAAGGGAAAGUUUUUCUGUUUAUUUGACUUGAGUCUCUUCGAUCUACAUCUGGAUUUUGCAGCAUUCUAGAGGAAAAUGAGGAAACAUGGAUGGCAACUUCCUUACCACCCUCUUCAGGUGGUGGCUGUUGCUGUGUUCUUGGCUCUAGGUUUUGCUUUCUACGUCUUCUUUGCUCCCUUUGUUGGGAAUAAGAUUCAUCAGUACAUUGCGAUGGGCAUUUACACUCCUCUGAUUACAUGUGUGGUUGGACUGUAUAUAUGGUGCGCGGCUUCAGAUCCUGCAGACCGUGGAGUUUUCCGGUCGAAGAAGUACCUUAAAAUUCCUGAAAACGGGAAAUUCCCUCAGUCAAAGGAUACAAAAGAUGGCUGUGGAUCAACUACAGGUGGUGCUAAGUCUCAUGACGGCACAUGUGUACAGGAUGCAGAAAAUGGAACUAACAAGAAAUUGGAGUCAUCGGAAAGAUCUCCUCUCCGGCGUUUGCUUUGCUCUCCUUGUGCAUUGCUAUGUGGUUGUUGCAGCGGAAGAGAUGAAUCUUCUGAUCAGCAGAUGAGCGAGGAUGGGAUGUUUUAUUGCAGUCUCUGUGAAGUCGAGGUCUUUAAGUACAGCAAGCAUUGCAGAGUUUGUGACAAAUGCGUGGACCGUUUUGAUCAUCACUGCAGGUGGCUAAACAACUGCAUUGGCAAGCGGAAUUACCGUAAAUUCUUCAGCCUUAUGGUAUCAGCUAUUUUUUUGCUCAUUAUGCAAUGGUCAACUGGGAUUUUUGUGCUGGUAUUAUGUUUACUCCGAAGAAACCAGUUCAAUGCAGACAUUUCCUUGAAAUUGGGAAGCAGCUUCUCACUAAUUCCAUUUGUUAUAGUCGUUGCAGUUUGCACUCUAUUAGCAAUGUUGGCAACGCUACCACUUGCUCAGCUUUUCUUCUUCCACAUACUUCUCAUUAAGAAGGGAAUCAGUACAUACGACUACAUAGUUGCGCUUAGGGAACAAGAGCAAGAGCAAGAAGCUGGUGGAGGUCAACAAAGCCCUCAAAUGUCGAUGAUCAGCUCAUUCACUGGACUAAGCAGUGCUAGCUCCUUCAAUACAUUUCAUCGUGGGGCAUGGUGCACACCACCACGCUUGUUUCUUGAGGAUCAGUUUGAUGUAGUUCCUCCAGAGAAUGCGUCUGUAAGUUCAUAUGGAAAGAAGUCAGUGGUUGAGGAACGCGUCAAGAAGAAGAGCCAACCUGUGAAGAUCAGUCCAUGGACUCUAGCACGUCUCAAUGCAGAAGAAGUUUCAAAAGCAGCAGCAGAAGCAAGAAAGAAAUCCAAAAUAAUUCAGCCAGUGGCGAGGCGAGAAAAUCCGUUUGUUGGGUUAGAAGCAAGCAGCAGCUUUGGAAGCAGCGGCCGUAGAAUGUUCCCAGCAAAAUUUGAAGCUGCUAAUGGUAACGGGAAGCAGAGAAGGCAAUCUAAGCGAAUACGGUUACCAGCAGAAUUGCCUCUAGAACCGUUGAUGAAUGUUCAGAAAAAAGCAGCUAUGGAGACAUCAACUAGCUCAGGGCUAGCUCCUCUUCAGCUAGAAGCAAGAAGCGCGUUUCAGACAAGCCGAGCAAUGUCGGGAUCCGGUGGUGUUAUGGUGACAUCUUCACCAGAGAGCAGCUUAGACUCGCACGAUAUUCACCCUUUUAGAGUUUCGUCUGAAGCAGAAGAUUCAGCGCAGCUCACUGGAUUUUCUUCAGCUGUUGGUCUGAUGGGACAACAGAGAGGACAACAACAACAACAAUCCAUGAUGAUGAUGAUGCCAUUGUCAAGGUCUACAAGUGAUGGCUACGAUGCUUCUGGUGGAGAAGACAGUGAUCAGGUCCCUUCUAGAAACAUCCACAAAUCAAGAUGAGAGAAGCAUUGUAAACAUUCUUAGUUUUGGCUUUUAAGGGUUGAGAAUCCUUGGAGGCAUUCUUUGAUUCAAAUAUGGAUUCAUCAAGAAAAAGUCAACAUUCUCAGACUAAUGAGGCUCUUGCAGUGCAUGCCAAGAGCUCUUAGGAGAAGUACCAGUGGAUAAAACAAAACCAAAAAAAGGCAAGGCUUUUGUGGAUUCUUAAGAUUUUAUUUAUAAGGUACUGAGCAAUUUGAAUAUGAACUUUAGUGAUUGACCUGAACUUUUUUUCGCUUGUUUAUUAGGAAAAAGCUUUGUUUCUUCUUGUUUAAAAAAGUUAUCAAACUGUGAUCCAAAGAAAGUGUUAUAUUCACCGGCAUGCAUGGUCGAGAUUGAGCUUUAA